CGGCGGCGGCAGCGGCAGUCGCAACAUCUGGGGGAAACUUAAGGUGGUCACGUAGGUUUUCCCGAGGACGCGGCGCAGAAGAGCCUGCGGCUUCUCGGGGCAGCCUCGGGGCACCUGACGGCAACGCCUCUCCCGCCGCCGGGGAGCAGCAGGCGGCGGGAGCGGGCAAAGGCGAGGGUGCAGAUUAGAGCCGAGCAGCUCCGGAACGCGGAGAGCUCCAAGGCGCUUGCGGCCGGCCCGCACUGGGAACACCAGGACGGGGGCGUGCAAAGGGGCCCCGAGGCUGCAAGCGCGCCACGCCGAGGGGGAGGGGCGGCUGGAAGUGUUCGCGGGAGGAGGAGGGGGCCGCCUCCGAACCCACCUGCCCCCGGUAACUCCCCCAGCCCCAGGCGAGAAGCCCCGAAGCCCGUCCAGCUCGGGCCCAGGGACCGGGAAGGGGACUUGCUCCCGGGAGAAGCGGCGUUUCUUUGCUAGAAAGAGCCUUGCGCCCUCAGCUCGGAGGGUGGAUUGACUUGCAAAGCGAAGUCGGCGGUGCCUGGGGCGGCUGCGGGGGUCCGAUUAGCUCCCGCCGCCCGCCGGGCCCCUCUCCAGGGAAGACUGAAUGCACACACCGUUCGCUUCGCAGAGAUCUAGCCAGCCCCCCACCCUAUCCCCCCGCGUCCCCCAAGUUUUGUUUUUCCCUCUUGGCUCUCCGAUUGAGGCUUGGAGAGCACUUGUGCUUCAGAGGAGGGUCGAUUUAUUUCCCUAAAGCUCGUGGAAAGGCCCGAGUUGAUGGGCACCCAGGAGUGUCAAAGUAUGAGUUGGUAAAAGGUGAGACUGGGGCACCUUUCUGCAGAACACACCUGUUGCACGCCGCUCGGCUGCAUUGUCUGCUAAAGGAAAGUGGGAGACACCUCAGUUUGACUUUUUGGGGUCCCUGAAGGGCUGGGUCACUGUUAACUCUCUUUUCCCCUUCCCUCCCCACGCACCACGUCCUCUCUCGCACGUGAGCACUGCAAGCAAAGAAGGGAACAUAAAAAAUAGGCCCUACGCGCUCUCUUCCACCUUGGAGAGAGGGAGAGGGAGAGAGAGUGUGUGUGUGUGUGUGUGUGUGUGUGUCAAAGAGAGAGAGGGAGGGAGAGAAGGAGGGAGGGAGGGAGAGAUAGAAAGAGGGCAUAUGCCAGAGAAGAAGGCCAGGGACAGGAAAAGAAAGAAAAGGGGGAUGCACUGGACCAGGGAAAUCCCACCCCAAUUGCCUGAGCCCUCUGAGCGUCUCAUGUCAUGGGACAUCUGUACUCGCUUCCGCUAAUGGGGGUGGCAACUGUGGGUGGGUGAGGUUAGGGCUCUGCCAGGCACACCCCAUCUCGUGAGAUUCCAGGUGCUGGCUACCUGGCCCACGCCUGGGUUCCCUUCCACUAGGGCUUUUGUUGCACCCUCCCCCACGUGUGAGCUGCCAGGCGGCAGCGGUGGCGCAGGGGUUGGCGGGGGGAAGGUGAGGUGAGAUGUCGAGGCGCUGCGGGCUGCGCGGACCUGAGUGGAGAGGUCACACCUCUUUCGGAAAAAGAAAAGAAAAAAAAAAACAAAAAAACAAAAAAAAAACCCUAGCUGGCUACCAAGGUGAACCCUGAACGGUUCCCACCUUAAAAUCGGCCCUGCUCGUGACGUCAGGUCGGAAAUAUACCAAAGCGAGCGUCGGCCAGGAGUCUGGGGAGCGCGGCGGCGCGGCGAUUGGGCGGCGGGCCGCUGACGCGCGCUGACGCGCGGAGACUUUAGGUGAAUGUUGGCAGCGGCAGCGCGAGCCACAUAAACAAAGGCACAUUGGCGGCCAGGGCCAGUCCGCCCGGUGGCUCGCGCUAGGCUCCGCGGUCCCGCUCGCCCGCCCAGCCGGCCGCCUUCCCCUGCUCCCUCCCCGCUCUCGGCGCCGCGGCUCUCUUCGCCCCUCUCGCCCACCCCGCCCCGACCCUGCCACCCAGACUCCGGGAGGGAACUACACUUCGGCCGAGUUGAAUGAAUGAAGAGAGACGCGGAGAACUCCUAAGAAUAAAAUUGUCUAUGCUCUGGAAUGCCUUCCAAGUGGGAACAUCUGAAAAUUUCUAGGACACAAGAAAGCCUUGUUCCAGGAGGAGAUCUGACAGGCUGGGCUCUCCACUGCUUUCCUAAAAAUCUUGGAAACUGUCCUUCAUUGAAUUACGACACUGUCCACCUUUAAUUUUUUCGAAAACGCCUGUAACUCGGCUGAAGCCAUGCCUUGUGUUCAGGCGCAGUAUGGGUCCUCGCCUCAAGGAGCCAGCCCCGCUUCUCAGAGCUACAGUUACCACUCUUCGGGAGAAUACAGCUCCGAUUUCUUAACUCCAGAGUUUGUCAAGUUUAGCAUGGACCUCACCAACACUGAAAUCACUGCCACCACUUCUCUCCCCAGCUUCAGUACCUUUAUGGACAACUACAGCACAGGCUACGACGUCAAGCCACCUUGCUUGUACCAAAUGCCCCUGUCCGGACAGCAGUCCUCCAUUAAGGUAGAAGACAUUCAGAUGCACAACUACCAGCAACACAGCCACCUGCCCCCCCAGUCCGAGGAGAUGAUGCCGCACUCCGGGUCGGUUUACUACAAGCCCUCCUCGCCCCCGACGCCCACCACCCCGGGCUUCCAGGUGCAGCACAGCCCCAUGUGGGACGACCCAGGCUCCCUCCACAACUUCCACCAGAACUACGUGGCUACCACGCACAUGAUCGAGCAGAGGAAAACGCCGGUCUCCCGCCUCUCCCUCUUCUCCUUUAAGCAGUCACCCCCCGGCACCCCCGUGUCUAGCUGCCAGAUGCGCUUCGACGGGCCCCUGCACGUCCCCAUGAACCCAGAGCCGGCAGGCAGCCACCACGUGGUGGACGGGCAGACCUUCGCUGUGCCCAACCCCAUCCGAAAGCCUGCGUCCAUGGGCUUCCCCGGCCUGCAGAUCGGCCACGCGUCGCAGCUGCUCGACACGCAGGUGCCCUCGCCGCCGUCGCGGGGCUCCCCUUCCAACGAGGGGCUGUGCGCCGUGUGCGGCGACAACGCGGCCUGCCAGCACUACGGCGUGCGCACCUGUGAGGGCUGCAAAGGGUUCUUUAAGCGCACGGUGCAAAAGAACGCGAAAUACGUGUGUUUAGCAAAUAAAAACUGCCCAGUGGACAAGCGGCGCCGGAAUCGCUGUCAGUACUGCCGAUUUCAGAAGUGCCUGGCUGUUGGGAUGGUCAAAGAAGUGGUUCGCACGGACAGUUUAAAAGGCCGGAGAGGUCGUUUACCUUCGAAACCGAAGAGCCCACAGGAGCCCUCUCCCCCCUCGCCCCCGGUGAGUCUGAUCAGUGCCCUCGUCAGGGCCCAUGUCGACUCCAACCCGGCUAUGACCAGCCUGGACUAUUCCAGGUUCCAGGCGAACCCUGACUAUCAGAUGAGUGGAGAUGACACCCAACACAUCCAGCAAUUCUAUGAUCUCCUGACUGGCUCCAUGGAGAUCAUCAGGGGCUGGGCUGAGAAGAUCCCGGGCUUCGCUGACCUGCCCAAAGCCGACCAGGACCUGCUUUUCGAAUCGGCUUUCUUAGAACUGUUUGUGCUGCGAUUAGCAUACAGGUCCAACCCAGUGGAGGGUAAACUCAUCUUUUGCAAUGGGGUGGUCUUGCACAGGUUGCAAUGCGUUCGUGGCUUUGGGGAAUGGAUUGAUUCCAUUGUUGAAUUCUCCUCCAACUUGCAGAAUAUGAACAUCGACAUUUCUGCCUUCUCCUGCAUUGCUGCCCUGGCUAUGGUCACAGAGAGACAUGGUCUCAAGGAACCCAAGAGAGUGGAGGAGCUGCAAAACAAGAUUGUAAAUUGUCUCAAAGACCAUGUGACUUUCAAUAAUGGGGGCUUGAACCGCCCCAACUAUUUGUCCAAACUGUUGGGGAAGCUCCCAGAACUCCGUACGCUUUGCACACAGGGGCUACAGCGCAUUUUCUACCUGAAACUGGAAGACUUGGUACCACCACCAGCAAUAAUUGACAAACUUUUCCUGGACACUUUACCUUUCUAAGACCUCCUUCCAUGCACUUCAAAGAAACUGGAAAGAAAUCUUAAACUGUCCAGAGGGGCAAGUCACAAGGGCAGAGAGAUCCCUCUGAGCUGCCUCAGCUCUAGCUGGCCCCGACCCCUUCCAUACACCCUGGCCCUUGAUCCCUAAAGAAACAAAACAAAACAAAACAAAACAAACAAACAAAAAACCAAAAACUGUUGCUAUUUCCUAACCUGCAGGCAGAACCUGAAAGGGCAUUUUGGCUCCGGGGCAUCCUGGAUUUAGAACAUGGACUACACACAAUACAGUGGUAUUAACUUUUUAUUAUCAGUUUAAAAAUCAUUUUAUUGUUCAGAAGGAAGAUUCCUAAUGUAUGACGGAAAACAUGUGGCCAUGUUUGCUUGUUGCAGUGAAGACAAAUGUAAUACACAUACACACAUAUACACACACACCCACAUUGUAAGGGGACCCACAAGUAUUGCCCUUUAAAAGACUUCAAAGUUUUCUGCUGUAAAGAAAGCUGUAAUAUAUAGUAAAACUAAAUGUUGCGUGGGUGGCAUGAGUUGAAGAAGGCAAAGGCUUGUAAAUUUACCCAAUGCGGUUUGGCUUUUUAAAUUAUUUUGUGCCUAUUUAUGAAUAAAUAUUACAAAUUCUAAAAGAUAAGUGUGUUUGCAAAAA